AUGGAGUCUCUAGUUUGUGUUUUUGCUCUCUCAAUAUUUUAUGUGACGCUUGUGUCGUCACAUACCGUUUCUAAUGUUUCUGAAGGUAUUAGACUUGAAGAUACCAACAACGAUAUAGUACCAACAAUAGUGGUAGAUAAGUAUGGUUAUGGUAACUUUAAAACGAUACAGUCGGCCAUCGACUCCGUUCCCUUCGGUAGGAACUACUGGACCAAAAUUUACGUUCGACAAGGACUUUACCAUGAAAAGGUUACAAUUCCGAGAUAUAAGACGAAAAUACAAUUGGAAGGAUAUAGAUCGUCGCAGACGAUAGUUCAGUAUAACGAUGCAGGGUCCUCCGUUAACAGCGCUACUCUCACAGUGUUAGCUGAGUUCUUCGUCGCGACAAAUAUAACAUUUAAGAAUACUUAUAAUCAGGAAAAGCCUUUGACACCGUAUGGCGAGAUAAGAGUGGCUCCAGCAGUUUUGUUAGCAGCAGACAAGGCAGCCUUCUAUGGUUGUGUAUUUGUAAGUAUGCAAGACACACUUGGUGACUUAGUCGGCCGUCACUUCUUCAGACUAUGUUACAUCAAAGGAGCUAUUGAUUUUAUUUGGGGAGGAGGCCAAUCUUUAUACCAAAGUUGUACAAUAGAGGUAAAGGGAGUAACAACGGCGAGUAAUGAUGAGGCGGACGGAGGAUUGAUUGCGGGUUACAUAACAGCGCAAGGAAGGGCGAGCGAGCAGGAUACAAGUGGGUUUGUGUUUAGGGGAUGCAAAAUUUUAGGAAGUGGUAAGGCAUUCCUAGGAAGAGCUUAUGGAAGCCACUCGCGGGUUUUGUUUGUCCAUACAAACAUGGCUGAUGUUAUUGUUCCUCAAGGCUGGGAUAUUUGGACAGAUCCAAAACAAGUGAGUACGACAACGUUUGGGGAGGUAAAUUGCUAUGGUCCGGGAGCAAACAAGAAAAGAAGAGUGGCGUGGGAGAAGAAGCUCUCGUAUCAAGAUGUGGCAUACUUUGUAAACCGUACGACCUUUAUAAACAAAGAGGGUUGGAUAGAGAGUCUUCCUCCACAUAUAUUAACCCUUUCGCCAUCGUCUAGUCCAGAUGAUAAUUCAUUUGUUUGAACCAAAAAAAUGUUAUGUUUGCUAAAUGUACUAAAAUCAGAUUGUUUAAUAUAAAAGUGUUUUAAUUCUAAAA